AUGUCUGGAUAUAGUCAACCACCGCGUUUGAGUGCGACGUUUAUACCGGGCCACGAUGAUGACUUCUACGCUCCAGAGAUCGUUUCCCCUGCGCCGCAAAGGAUAAUGCCAGAAGUCCCUUCGAAUAUGCAAGAACAACUCUCACAUCUCGAGCUCGAAGCUAAAAAUCCUCCCACGCAUCGAAUGAGCAGCGCGUCUACCGUUUCCGGCAUGCAAUCACCACCUCUUCUCGACCAGCACCGAGCGCAAAACAUGUAUUCAUCGUUAAAUAAUAAUGCAAAGGGGCCUGGGUUCACAGCGAGCUAUGAACAUACAAACGCUUCUGCGUAUCAGAAUAUAGAUCGGGAGUAUCAGCAGUUUGGUGGAGUGCGACCACAUCCAGAUUCGCCCAAGUUUUCACCAUUCCCAAAACCACGAGAUGCUGGUCCAAAUGUGCCAUUAUCAGAUGAGGAUAAAGAGGAGGUGCUGGAGAGGGCAAGACCGCUGGUACUGAAAUCGAUAGAUCCAGAGAUGCAGUUGGCUUGGGCGCAGGAUGCAUUAUCGUGGGUGGAAGUGGCAAGCAAUUUUGCAUCGCGAAUGCAAAGCGAAGGACAGCCCCCGAGAACCAUGACACCAAAGAUCGAGCAUUCUUUACGAGUGGACGCGAUAAAUAUUGUGAAAUUUCUCGCAGAACAGACACACCCAAAAGCCGAGUUCAUGCAAGCGAUGUGGCUGGAGUUUGGAAAGUUUGGACACCGAAUAGAUAAAAAGGAAGCGUUCUUGGGAUAUCGAAGAGCGGCGGAGAAAGGAUAUGCUCGUGCGGAAUAUCGAAUGGGAAUGCAGUUUGAAAGCUCGAACAACUCGGCGAAAGCGAUCGAACAUUACAAUAGAGGUGUUGGGAUGGGGGAUUCUGCUGCGCAUUAUAGAUUGGGGAUGAUGACAUUGUUAGGACAACAUGGCACGCCGCAGGAUUUCGGAAGAGGUGUUGAUUUGAUCAAGUAUUCCGCAGAUACGGCAGAUGAAAAUGCUCCUCAGGGUGCGUACGUCUAUGGCAUGCUUCUCGCGCGAGAGCUGCCCAAUAUCUCAGUUCCAGAGCACUUUCUACCAUUCGACUUGAAUGAAGCGAAAUUAUACAUUGAAAAGGCGGCAUACCUUGGAUUUUCCAAGGCGCAAUUGAAGAUGGCUCAAGCGUAUGAAUUGUGUCAAUUAGGAUGCGAAUUCGAACCUGCUCUUUCCUUACACUACAAUGCCCUCGCAGCGCGACAAAAUGAAGCGGAAGCGGAUAUGGCGAUCAGCAAAUGGUUCUUGUGUGGCUAUGAAGGGAUUUUUGAGAAGAAUGAGGAGUUGGCAUUUACGUAUGCAAAACGUGCUGCUUCUACCAAGAUGCCGACUGCAGAAUUCGCCAUGGGAUACUUUUAUGAGAUUGGAAUGUAUGUGCAAGUGGAUUUGGAGGAAUCUGCAGCAUGGUACUCAAAAUCUGCGGAGCACGGGAAUAAGGACGCUCUGGGACGAAUUGAUAGUAUUCGAAAGAAUAGCACGUUGUCAAAGACGGAUCACGAGCAGGUUGCGAUUAGCAGAAUCAAAUCCCAGCACGGUUCUCAGCGUGGUGGUAGACCGGAUCGAUUCAAGCAGCGGGGAGCAGCUUUACCAGUGAUUGUCGACGAUGCGAUGGAUAUGCCAGAUCCAAGAAACAAGUAUGAUGGUACGGGGCAAUUGAGACAACCUGGCGCUUUGCCAGCUAGACCAAAGUCAACUGCUCCAUAUCCAGAGGACGAUGUGGCGCAUCCCGGAUCAUUUUCCAAUGGUCCAAAUGGUCCGUUCAAUGGUCAAGGUCUUCGACCACAUUCUCAGCAAAUGGCGCCUCUAGCAGAUCGAGCUUCUUCUCCAUUUGGCAUUAAACCGCCACAACACUCAAGCACAAUGGGUCUACCUGCUGGUGGUAUGAGGGCAGAUGAACGAUUACGACCUUCUUCGAGUAUGGGUAAUAUGCAACAUGUUCCAGCUGGACGUGGUCAUGAUCCUCAAGGUAGAGCUGGUGUUGUAUCAUCUGGAUGGGACACGCAAGGUGCAGGAAGAGGUCGACAAGCUUCACAGCAGAGUUUCCUACCUCCAGUAGAUGUAGGCACACCUAUCAACUUCGACCCAUCAGGCAGACAAGCAAAGCCAGCUCCUCUCAACACCAGCAAACCUCAACCCCCACAACCAGGAGGAUAUUCCCAAGACGCAAGACAAUCGUCUAUCCCACAAGGCUACGGCAAUCGUCCAGACUCCGCCGCAACCGGCAGAGGUACACCCCAAGCAACACCCCAUCAAAGCUACAACGGCCGUCCCGAGUCCGCAGCCGGCAGAGGAACCCCCCAAGUAACCCGUCCACCACGCGGGAGUUCAAACCCAGCAACCCCACAACAAAUCAUCUCUCCCCACAGCAUUCCCCCUAAUCAAGGCUAUCCACAUCCAUCCCAGACGCCGACUCAGAAUCGUCCGCAACAACGGCCGCCGCAGCAGACUAUGUCGUCGCAGGCUCCACGCAUACCCUCGCAAGCCGCUCCCUACGGCGGUCCAGAUUCGAGAGCGUCGUCCGUUGCGACCACGCCAUCGAGUGCUGGUGGGGCUGGGGGCAUGCCGCAGAAGAAACCGGUUAAAUCUGGACCGGCGACUUUUGAGGAUAUGGGGAUUCCGGCGGCGAAACAGGAGAGCGAAUGUUCUGUUAUGUAA